CCCCAACCCUAGCCAAUCCUCCUCCUCUCCCCACCAUGACGCGGGACGGCGUGCCUCCGGCGGCGCCGCCUGCCCCGGCGGCGGCCGGCGGCGCGGGAGGGGGCGACGGGCCCAGGCGGUGCUCGCAGUGCGGGCACCACGGGCACAACGCGCGCACCUGCACGGCGCGGCCCGUCAAGCUCUUCGGCGUGCGCAUCGGGGACAAGCCCAUGCCCAUCCGGAAGAGCGCCAGCAUGGGGAACCUCGCGCAGCUCGCGGCGGAGGGGGGCGGCAGCGGCGGGAGGGAGGAGGGCUACGGCUCCGACGGGGAGCGCCCGCACAAGAAGCGAGGUGAGGCAUGGACAGAAGAUGAGCACAAAAAAUUUCUACUUGGGUUGAAUAAGUUAGGGAAGGGUGAUUGGCGUGGUAUAUCCCGUAAUUUCGUUAUUUCGAGGACUCCUACUCAAGUUGCUAGCCAUGCACAGAAGUAUUUCAAUCGCCAAACGAAUGUGCAUAGAAGAAAGAGGAGAUCAAGCCUCUUCGAUAUGGUGAUUGAUGAUUCUUCUGAUCAGCUGCCGCUCUCGCGUUCAUCUUCACAAGAAGUAGAACAAGAUGAUCCCCAGUCUGUUGCGGCCCUUCCUGCCCCUGUGGUAUCUCCUGCUGCUGUGGCACCUCCUCCUGUGUCUGUGGAAGCGCCUGCUUCAGUUCCACCGCCAGUUCAAGUUCCAGUUCCAGUCGCGACACCUCAGCCUAUGGAACACGACUCGGUUGCCUCAAGUUCAAGUGCUGGACAAGCAGGGGUGGUGAUGCCAGAAGCCAUACCCCCCUAUCUUUAUCCAAUGAUGAUUCCUCCUCCAUACUACCACCCUGCAUUUGUUCCAGUACCAUGCUACGGUUAUGUUCCUUUUUACUAUGGGCCACCAGGUGUAGCACAAGUUCCACAUGAGGUUGUCAAGCCCGUGGCGGUGCACUCAACGCCUCCGUUAAACGUCAAAGAUCUUUACAACAUGUCAGAACUGAGCCUGAAGGGUGAUGACUCAAAUGCAAACAGUGGGGUACCUGCUUCCCCUUUGCCUCCAAAGCCGAUUGGCAGACCAGAGAGGCAAUCUGCUUUCCAUGGCAAAGGGCCUGCUGGUGGGUCGUCAGGGGGACUAAUUCCUGCAGUCAAGUGACUUGAUUCUGCUCCUAAACGUCCAUUGAUGUGUAUCUAAUACUUAGAUAAUAGCCUAUGCUGCUAAAAUGGUGUUGUGGUUUCUUGCAAAGUAUAUAAUGCUCAUUUUAGCUUUCGAGUUUGCAAGUCAUGAUCUGUGGGUAAAUAUAUUGUUAAUUAGUUUGGCUUAAUUUAGCAAUAUUCCUCUGUUUUCAUCGAUU